GGCUGGGUCAUCUUGUCACCGAAAUGCACUGGGCUUUUGUUCUUCCUUUCACCCAACAUAACACGCUUGGGCAUCGUGUCUUUCGGGAUCGAUGAGGACGCUGUUCCGGACAAUGAUGAUGAGUGGCAAGCUGUGUUGCAAGCUUUGCUCCCAACCACCUUUCAAGUUGCGUCUCGUAUCACCAGGUUGACCAUGGCGACCGGUCAGAUCGACUACUUCUCUCCACACCUGUCGAACCUUCAUUCGCUUCGUUGUUUUCGUGGCACCAAAGUCGAUAUCCGCACACUUCGCGCUCUUGCCUCCCUUACAGAACUUGAAGAGCUGUACGUUCACCGAUUUGACACUACCGAUGAGCCUCCGGUGUCGUUCUCCGGAUUCCCGCGGCUGCGGGUCCUGAUCAUCGCAGAGCAUCCCUCGAGCAAUCUAGUCUAUGACGCAUUCGCUUAGCCGCAGCUCGAAGAACUUCUCAUUCGUGAAUAUCCGGGCCAUUAUCCCCUCAAUAUCACCGAUAGCUGCAAGAUUUGGGCGCAUCGCUUCCCAUCUUUGCAGACCCUUUCCUUCUAUAUCUCUAAGGAAGACCAUGACGGACCGCCUCGUUGGCGUCCGCUCCGCGAUCCCGUGGCUCCACUUCUUGCUCUCCGGAACCUACGAAUCGCGAAGCUCGCUACUUGGUACACAAUGUUCUCUAUCGACGACGCCGACAUGACUGCGUUUGCACAAGCAUGGCCUCGCCUCCAGUCUCUGCAACUCUGCUUCACUUUUGGCGGGUACGGUCCAGGCUCGCGCCCAAUGCCCUCUCCUACCCCCUCCUCUCUACUCACGCUGGC